AUGGCGCCGUGGCUCAUCGCCAUCCUCUACGACGUCCUGUACUACAUCGGCCGGCGGAUCUGGCACGAGGUGCCCGUCUGGGGUGGACGGGCCCGCGGGGAACACAGACCCCGAGCGCCUAGCCUUCGCGACCGGGCACGGAGGAUGAGUUUGAGAGAUCUCGUGAGCGGAGGGAUUGGAUUGGGCACGGGGCGAGAAGAGCAGGAUAGUGAUGACCUGGGGAACGAAAAGAACAAGGGCCACAAGGGACACAGGAGGGGUCCGAGUGCCCAGAGUAUAGAAGAAGAGACCGAGGAAGAGACAGAAGAUGGGGACAAGCGCAACACAUGA